AUGCUUGAACCUGUGGACUCUGCUCCGGUGAUUCUGGAUGGGUUUGAACGGAGGGAAGUUAUGGUGGGUCAUCGGGUGGAGCUCCCAUGUAAAGCGUCUGGUCACCCCCCGCCCAGAUAUCGCUGGCUGAGGGACAACAGCCCCUUAGAAUCAGACAGCCGGUACCACCAGAGUGUAUCGGGCCUUCUCAUCGAGGCCACACGACCCAGUGACGCAGGCAGUUAUGUGUGUGAGGUGUGGAACAGCUUCGGGAAUGCCAAAGUGGUCGGAAGGCUGGUGGUUAAGCAGCCUCUGAAAGCAGUGGUGAGUCCACGGAAGGUGAGAGGCAGCGUGGGUAGCCAAGUGUCACUGUUCUGCAGUGUGACUGGCUCUGACGAGUAUGAAAUCGCCUGGUACAGGAAUGGUGAGAAGAUCUAUCAGGGUAUAAACGUACGUAUCACGGGCAUCAACAACGAGAACCUGGUGAUGGAGGGAAUGGCCAAGAGUGAUGGAGGAGCGUAUCAGUGCUUUGCUCGAAAUGGCAAGAUGUCCACCCAAGACUUAGUGCAGGUCAUCUUAGAAGAUGGGACGCCAAAGAUUCUCUCUGCCUUCAGUGAGAAGGUGGUGAGCCCGAAUGAGCCCAUCUCACUGGUGUGUCACGUGAAAGGAACCCCCCUCCCCACCGUCACCUGGACCUUGGAUGAGGACCCCGUCAUCAAAGACAGCAACCACCGCAUGGAUCGCAUCAUCACCACAGAAGGUCACGUGCUCAGCUACCUGAAUGUGUCUCAUACACAGGUCACCGAUGGGGGCGUCUAUCGCUGCACCUGCAACAACUCGGCUGGAUCGGUCUCCUACCAGGCUCGAAUAAACGUAAGAGGUCCUGCCAGUAUUCGACCAAUGAAAAAUGUCACUGCCAUUGCUGGGAGGGACACGUACAUUCACUGUCGCAUCAUUGGUUACCCGUACUACUCUAUUAAGUGGUAUAAGGAUUCCAAUCUGCUCCCGUUUAACCAUCGCCAACGUGCCUUUGAGAACAACGGCACACUGAAGCUGUCCAAUGUGCAAAACUCAGACGAGGGAGAGUAUACAUGCUAUGUUUUGGUGGAUCCAGAGAAACAAAUUCACAGGAGCGUCCAUGUGACAGUGAAAGUGCCCCCUCUGAUCCAACACUCCGACUCUCAGAGCGCUUCCAUUGGUCAGCGUGUCUUCAUCCCCUGCGUGGUCAUAUCCGGUGACCUGCCAAUGUCUAUAACCUGGCACAAAGAUGGACGACCAAUCAAUGCCAGCCUGGGUGUCACCAUCGACAACAUAGACUUUACCAGCUCAUUACGCAUUUCAAACCUGUCGGAAAUUCAUAACGGCAGUUACACCUGUAUAGCCCGUAAUGAGGCUGCUGCUGUUGAGCAUAGUAUACAGCUCAUUGUUAAAGUUCCGCCACAUUUUGAGGUACAGCCAAGAGACCAGGAUGGCAUAUAUGGGAAAUCAGUGAUCCUGAAUUGUUCGGCAAAGGGAAACCCAAUCCCCACUAUAGUAUGGAACCACUCAAAAGGUGCUGGCGUACCUCAGUUCCAGCCCAUCGCCUUGAAUUCUGGUUCGCGUAUCCAGCUCCUGGAGAAGGGGUCUCUGCUCAUAAAACACGUCCUGGAGGAAGAUGCUGGAUUUUAUCUGUGCAAGGUUAGCAAUGACGUGGGAGCCGAUAUCAGCAAGAGCAUGUACCUCACCGUUAAAAUUCCUGCCAUGAUCACAUCUUACCCCAACACCACACGAGCAGAACAGGGUCACAUGACUGAGAUGAGCUGCACUGCUCACGGUGAAAAGCCCAUCAAGGUUCGCUGGGAGAAGGAAUCUCAUAUCAUCAACCCAGACAUGAGCCGCUAUGUGGUUACUGGGAAGGAAGUGGGAGAUGAGGUCAUAUCCACCCUGCAGAUCUUACAUACCGUCAGAGAGGACUCUGGCUUUUUCUCUUGCAUUGCUAUCAACUCAUAUGGCGAAGAUAAAGGAAUCAUUCAGUUGAUUGUACAAGAUCGUCCUGAUCCUCCUGAAGUUGAGAUCAGAGAGGUCAAGGACCGAACCAUUGCACUUCGCUGGACAAUGGGCUUUGAUGGCAACAGCCCUAUUACAGGAUAUGACAUCAACUAUAAAAACAAAUCAUCUUCAUGGGCCUCAUCUCAAAUGACCAAAGACGUCUCCCCUCAGCUGAAUCAGGCCACCAUCAUUGAACUCCACCCUGCUUCCACCUACAACAUCCGCAUGUUUGCCAAAAACCAGAUUGGCGAAAGCAGACCAAGCAAUGAGCUGACCAUCACCACAGAUGAAGCACCACCUGAUGGCGCUCCUCAAGAUGUGCAGCUGGAAGCAAUCUCAUCCCAAAGCAUCAAAGUCACAUGGAAGCCCCCCCUCAAACACUUACAGAAUGGUUUGAUCCGAAGCUACCAAGUGUGCUAUCGGGAGUUUGGGACAGGGGGCAGCCCACAAUACAACACCAUCAAUGUGGACACCACAGGGGACAUUGAAACCCUCACUUUGGAUAAUCUGAAGAAGUACACCCAGUAUGAGGUGCGGGUGCAAGCAGCCAAUCGGGCAGGCAUAGGUCCCACCUCGGAGGAAAUCACCAUCACCACUCUAGAGGAUGUGCCCAGUCGCCCACCUGAGAACGUUGUGACAACAGCUACCACCCCCGAGACCAUCUCCCUGUCCUGGUCUGCUCUGUCUAAAGAAGCUCUCAACGGCAUGCUGCUUGGAUAUCGUGUCAUCUACUGGGCCAACCUACCUGAUGGAGGUCAGGCAGGGUUAUGUGUUCCCAUUUCUGAGUUGGAACGGCUGGAGAAGUACACCAACUACAGUAUCCAGGUCCUGGCCUUCACUCGAGCCGGAGACGGAGUCCGUAGUGAGCAGAUCUACACACGCACCAAAGAGGAUGUUCCUGGCCCUCCGGCUGGAGUCAAGGCAGCUGCUUCCACAAGCUCAGUGGUAUUUGUUUCCUGGCUUCCUCCACUCAAACUCAACGGAAUCAUCCGGAAAUACACCGUCUUCUGUUCCAACCCUUACCCCACGGUGAUCAGUGAGUUUGAGGCUGCACCUGAUGUUUAUUUUCGUCGUUUGACCAACUUGAAUCAGAACUGGCAGUACAGCAUCUGGGUUGUGGCGGUCACUGCAGCUGGCCGUGGGAAUGCCAGUGAAAUUAUCACCGUAGAGCCCCAAGCUAAAGCCCCUGCGCGAAUCCUGACGUUCAGUGGUACUGUGACCACCCCCUGGAUGAGGGACAUUGUCCUUCCAUGCAAAGCAGUCGGAGACCCUCCUCCAACCAUCAAGUGGCUCAAGGGAAAUAAUGGUACUCCUGCUCCGGUUUCAAUCGAUGGACGUCGCAGCGCUCACAGCAAUGGCAGCUUUGUUAUUCGCACUGUCAAAGCAGAGGAUUCUGGGUACUACAGAUGUGUUGCCAGCAACAACUGGGGUUCAGAUGAGAUCAUGCUAAACCUUCAGGUCCAAGUACCUCCGGACCAACCACGUCUCACAGUGACCAAAACCACAACCACCUCCAUCACACUGUCCUGGAUCCCUGGAGACAAUGGAGGAAGCUCCAUCAGAGGCUACAUUCUGCAGUACUCUGAGGAUAACAGUGAAGAGUGGGGCAGUUUCUCCAUCAGCCCCAGUGAGCGGUCUUACCGUCUAGAGAAGCUAAAGUGCGGUACUUGGUACAAAUUUACUCUUACUGCACAAAAUGCAGUUGGUCCUGGACGCAUCAGUGAAAUCAUUGAGGCUAAAACCCAUGGGAAAGAGCCACAAUUCGCCAAAGAUCAUGAGCUUUUCUCAAGUAUCAACUCUACCCGUGUGGAGCUCAACCUCAUCGGUUGGAACAAUGGCGGCUGUCCGAUCGACUCCUUCACACUGGAAUAUCGACCGGUGGACACUACGAAAUGGACCAUGGUGAAGCGAGAUUCUCUCACCAAAAACCCCAUUCUCUACGACCUACAGGAGGCCACCUGGUACGAGCUCCAGAUGAGAGUGGGCAACAGUGCAGGAACAGCAGAGAAGAGGGUUCUGUUCGCCACUCUAAAUGUGGAUGGCAGCACAAUUGCUCCAUUGCCAAAGACUGUGGACCCCAGCCAGGAGAAUAGGCAGGGCAAUGAGGGACUUAAGAUGAUGGUCACAAUCAUCUGUAUUCUGGUGGCAAUUUCCAUGGUCUUCAUUGUUCUUCUGGUAUUGAGGAGAAGAAGAAGAGAGCAAAGGCUCAAGAGAUUACGAGAUGCAAAGAGCCUAGCAGAGAUGCUAAUGAGUAAAAAUGCACGUACACCAGACACUGUGAACAAACAGCAGCAGACUCUGAGGAUGCACAUCGAUAUCCCACGUGCUCAGCUACUCAUCGAGGAGAGAGACACUAUGGAGACAAUCGAUGACCGCUCCACGGUGCUGUUGACGGACAAUGACUUUGGAGAAACAUCUAAACAGAAGUCCUCAACCGUCACCCAUACAGUGCAUUACCAGUCUCUAUCUCAGGCCACUGGACCACUAGUAGACGUGUCUGACGCUAGACCUGGUACAAACCCCACUGCCCGCCGCACAGCUAAAGCAGGUCCCGCCACACGCAGUCGGUAUGCCAGCCAGUGGACCCUGAACCGACCGCACCCUCCUGUCUCCUCACACACUCUCACUACUGACUGGAGGCUGCCCACACCCCGCGCCACGGGCUCAGUGGACAAAGAGAGUGACAGUUACAGUGUCAGUCCCUCUCAGGACACAGACCGUGCUCGCAGCAGUAUGGUGUCUACAGAAAGCGCCUCCUCCACGUACGAGGAGUUAGCCCGUGCCUACGAACAUGCUAAGAUGGAGGAACAGCUGCGACAUGCUAAGUUCACGAUCACAGAAUGCUUCAUCUCAGACACAUCCUCCGAACAGAUGACAGCCGGCACCAAUGACUACACAGACAGCCUGACGUCCAGCACGCCGUCAGAAUCAGGCAUCUGCAGAUUCACCGCCUCCCCACCCAAACCACAAGAUGCCACCCGGGUCAUGACCAUGGCCGUGCCGAAAGCACACAGACCCGGAGGUGAACUGGUCCAUCUUCCCCCUUACCUGCGCAUGGACUUCCUUUUGAACCGGGGAGCAGCCCCUUCAGGUCGAGAGGCCACAGGACAGACUUGUAUGGACCCACAGAAGAGCCGAAUGGCGAAGCGGCCAGCAUUGCUGGCGCCAACACCCUCCGAGACCCCCUCGUCAGCCCUCUCUUCCUCCGGCCCCCCCAGCAGAGAGGCAGUACAACAGUGGCAGCCAGGAACUUCCUCUACACUGCCACAACGCGAGCCGGGCGACCUGGCCCAGGCCGCCAAACUCAGCAGCUCCCAGGAGUCGCUGCUAGACUCCAGAGGACACCUGAAACAAAGCAACAACCCCUACGCAAAGUCCUACACACUUGUAUAACACAGGACUACAGCUAUGGACCACGUUCCACUGUCACGCACACACAAACACGUGAGGACCUGCUGCAAAGACGAGCGCUUUUCUGAUUCAGAGAUGAGUCCUGUACAUACAUUCUGAAUUCCUAAAAAAGUGGAUAGUUUUCUUUGCAUCUGUCUUUCUUUCUAUCUGUCUCACUCUCUCUGCUGUUUUUUUUUACACUUUCUUUCUUUCGCUCACCUUCUUCUCUUGCCAUCUAUUCUGACUAAGUUAGAUUUUUUUACGUAAUCAUUCAUUUAUUUUAAAUACCACCGUUAUGAAGAUUGCCAAAAUUAUUUAUUUAAAUUGACAGAGGAACUACUUUUGAAUUUAUAUCAAGGAUAAUUCUAUAGUCAUUAUUAUAUAAAAAUAGAGAAAAAUUAUCAAAAAAUGGUUUAAAAAAAGUAGGGUGUGGUCAGCUCUGCAGGAAGAUGUUUCUUUCUCUAUCCAUGACUCUAUUGUUUUGAUGAAACGAUGAGGUGCGAUCGACAUUUUUGAAGCUGUUUAUCAUGGCGGUGUAUCUGACGACCGCAGAAGACAUGGAGGAAGGACAACGACUCCAACGUGGAAGACACGCGUCCACAUUUUCCAAUCGUCUCAGAAUGUUGUGCUUUCUAAGGACUGCAUGGGGACCUGAAAAAAAAAAAGAAUUCCAAGAGAUUUUAGUCACACUAAGGGAUUAUAUAAUGUUAUAAUAUAUGUUAUGACAUU